CGGCCGCACGGCCACGGUACCGUGUCCGUGCACCCAACGAUCGGAGUCAACCAACGAUCAGGGCACAACAUUUGCAGUAGAUUUCAACGCGUAAUUACUUAACCACAAUGCCAGGAAUUCCAGAUGCGCUUGCAGAGAUUGAUAGUCUGAAGCCAGGCGACAAAUUUGUUUAUACAAAGCUUGCAGAAAAACACAGUGUUGGUCGCAACACCUUGUCCCGCGCGCACCGAGGUGUGCAGGCUCCCCAACGCGCAGAAACUCAGCAACCAACCAGAAUUAGAUCUAGUCAAGUACAAAGAAGAGCUAUCAGCGCGUCACUUACCACCUACAAGGCGUAUAGUACAAAAUUUCGCAUCCUCUAUUGCCUCACAGCCCUGCUCCAAUAGCUGGGUCAAGUGCUUCCUGCGCUAUCACCGCGAUCGGCUCACGUCUUAGGUAAUACCUAGGCCACUAGCAUGGACUCCAGUUGCCACAACACUAAGUUACAAUACAAAUACAAGUUGUAAUUUAAGCUUCUGCAGCAGACAAUCACUUAAUAUAACA